AGAACUUGUUUAACAAGUUAAUGUAUAUUUGUGAUUUUUAAUGUCACUGCUAGCUAUAUAUAUAGGACAUUCUUCCUUGGUCUUCUCUAUCUCUUAACCAAGGAACUAUAAUGUAUUUCACAACCUUUGCUCGUAGGAAAAUCAACAUGCUCAUGAAAAAACUAGGUUUAUUCAGUCAUUCAAAGAACUCGUACAAUCGAAUUGACUCUACUGAAAGCUCCAAGACCCGCAAAGUUCUAAAAGGUCAUAUAGGUAUGUACGUGGGAGAAGAGAGGAAGAGAUACGAAGUUCCAGUGAAGUAUCUAUCAUUACCAGCAUUCCAAGAAUUGUUUGUGCAGUCACAAGAAGAUGAGCUUGAAGCAAAAAUAGAAGGUCCCAUGAUGCUUGCAUGCAAAACAGAAGAAUUUGAUCAGUUAUUAAAGCUAGCCAAGGUGCAAUAAUAAAAGAGUUUGCGCUGUUGCCUGUCAAUAACAAUCUUGAGAGCUGCCACUUCAUAUUGAAGUACAGAAGUUAAAACCGUGCCCAUAUCUCCUCUCCCAAGAUUUACUUCUGAGAGACUAA